AUGGUCGUUUAUAAAUCACUUAAACCACUAGCCUUCAAAUCUAAAGACAUGAAUCACUUGCCAGUGUUUUGGAGAGCAAAUAAUAAAGCUUGGGUCACUGCACAAAUUUUUAGUGAUUGGUUUACAAACUGUUUUAUUCCUCAAGUAGAGAUGUACCUAAAAUUAAAAAAUCUCCCUUUUAAAGCUUUAUUGCUGAUUGACAAUGCCCCUGGCCAUCCCACCUCAUUAAAAUUUCAACAUUCUGACAUUGAAGUCAUGUUUAUGCCUCCAAACACUACCUCACUUCUUCAACCAUUAGACCAAGGAGUGAUUGCAGCGUUUAAGGCCUAUUACGUACGAAGAACUUUUCAACGUCUAUUAAAAAACUUAGAAGAAGAUCCAGAACUUACAGUUACACAAGGAUGGAAAAAUUAUGACAUCGCUAAAUGUCUCGUCAAUAUCAAAGAAUCACUGGAUGAAGUUCAGCCCUCGACUAUAAAUGCUUGUUGGCAAAAAUUAUGGCCAGAAGUUGUGUUAAAAAGCGAUAAAAUUGACAAUCUGAACACCACGGUGAAUCAAAUCGUAGAAAUUGCUCGGAACGUAAAAGGUUUUGAUGAGGUAAAUAGAGACGACAUAGAAGAAAUGAUGUUGAACUAUGAUCAGGAACUUACAUUGGAGGAUCUAGAAGAAAUUACCGAAACCCCGAACGAACCAAAACAAUCCGAACAUGAUGAAGAGGAAGAAGAACCUGUGAAGCCGGAUUUCUCCUCUAAAUCAAUCAAAGAGAUUUUUCAUUAG